AUGAAACGAAUAUCAACAGAAGGAAGUUCGAAAAAACCAAGUAAAUCUACUUCUCAAACCAACAAAGCUUCUGCUAUUUCGAAACAAGUUUUAAAAAGCAAUCCCAUUCCUCAACCACUUGUCAAUAAAACUUUGGAUACCACACCAUUAUUGAAACCAAAAGCUCAACCUCUCAGAAGUAGCAAAGUAUCACAAAAAUUGGUUCUCUUUCCUCAAGCAUCCACUGAAUCAGAAUCUACUUUAGCUGUCCUUCCUGAAGACCAUGAACCUAUGAAACCAUUAGGUCAAACCUUUGAUGCUUCUCACCUUCAACAACUUAGUCAUGGUCUUCCAAUAGAAUACAUACAAGAACAACAACAACAACAACAACAACCGGAAUCUGAUUAUUGGAGAUCUCAUCAUACUACUGGUGUUGAUUUACCUACAGAAUGGACUUUUGGAUCUCGUACAGCAGCUGAACGUAUGCCAAAGGAUGAACGAGACUUUGCUCAACUACCACGAGUGGCGGCCUAUUGUACUGGUGAAGGAUAUAAUCUUGCUCGAGUACGACCAUUCUUACGAGAACAUCAUCAUGUCAUUCCAAGACAAUAUGACGAAGCUUUAUAUGCUGCUUAUCAUUUUCCUCUGAUGACUUUACGACCUGAUAAGGAAAAUCUCUGGAACAUCCGUGUACGAAGUGCUUCUCCAAGACCUCCAGCUCCUCGACGAUAUAAAGCUGAAAUGAAUUAUGAUGAAGACAAUAUUGAUCAAGAAGGCUCUCCUCUGAUAGACUCGAUAUCUCCUCGUCCAGGUUAUCCUUUCCCUGAAUACCAUCAUCCAACUGAUCAUCAUCAUCAUCUGGACAAUGAAAUGACAUAUCAAGAAGACUCAACUUUACAAUCAUCUGAAAAUAAUACAAAUCAAAUCAAUAAUAGUUAUGAUCGCAGUGAUGAUAUGUAUUUGGAACAUGAAAAUCAACAACAACAACAACAACAACAAGAAGUACAUCAAAAUCGAAAGCCAUUUACUGGAGGUGAAGUAUUUAUCUUUGAUUAUGGAGUGGUGGUAUUCUGGAACUUCCGUCGAGCUGAAGAACUAUUAAUGCUUGAAGAUUUGGCCGAAUUCUCAGUACGACCUUUCCGUGAUAAUCCUGAUGAAGACUUACAAAUUGAAGAAAUGCAUUUCCAAUACGACACCUCACAACUGAAACCCAGAAUAUUCAAUGACAUGAUUACCAUGAAAACUGGCAAUCAUAUGAUCAAGUUGACUCUUUCUCAUGGACUUUCUCAAAAAAUGGCAGAAACAGGUCGAUUGGGGAAAACAAGAACUGAAAUCACAAAAAUCAAUGGACAACUCUUCAAUCUACGGAUGAACGUGAAUUUGGUUUCCAAUGUGCUUGAUACACCUGAAAUCUUUUGGUCAGAGCCUGCUCUUCAACCUAUGUACAAUGCUAUUCGAGAAUAUCUGGAAAUACCACAAAGGGCUAAAAUCUUGAAUGAUCGUCUUCGGGUGAUCUCUGAUCUCUUAUCCAUGUUACGAGAUCAUUUAACCAACUUUGGUGUGGAGUAUCAGACAUUGAUUAUCAUUUAUCUGAUUAUCAUUGCUGUCAUUGUUGCCUGCUUUGAAAUUGCCGUCAAGAUCUUACAAUCUAUUAAACUAUAA